GGAGCAUCGGAUGGCGGAGGAGUUGGAGGGGGAGGAGGAGGAUGAUGAGGGCGGAUGGAGAAGGCGUGACGUCGCUGCCCGCAGAGAGGCCCACUCCUCGGCCGGCCGGGUGGCAGACAAGCAAACAGCAGAAGCGGCGGGGGGAAACGAAGAAUAGCCGCCCGGCUACGCGAGCUCCACCCCGCGCGGUGGAUGUGAAAGAAGAGAAGUGGGAGGAGGAGGAGGAGUUGAGGUGGGGGACACGCCAGCCACCUCCACCGGGCUCCACACACGGUGGGACGAGGAGGGGAGGGGGCCGGUGGGGACAUGGAGCAGCCAUGGGUGCCCACGCACGUCCAGGUGACGGUGCUCCGAGGCAGGGGUCUGCGGGGCAAGGGCAAGCACGGCACCAGCGACGUGUACGCGGUCAUCCAGCUGGCCAAGGAGAAGUACUCGACGUGCGUGGCGGAAAAGACCACCGAGCCCGAGUGGCGCGAGGAGUGCUGCUUCGAGCUGCAGCCCGGCGUCCUGGAGACGGACGGCGGCCCGGAGCUCGUCCUCACCGUCAUGCACCGCGCCGUUAUCGGGCUCGACGUGUUCCUGGGCCAGGCGCUCAUCCAGCUGCGGAAGCUCUUCCACGAGAGCCGGGGCGUGAAAAAUCAGUGGUACCGACUCAACUCCAAGACCGGCAAGAAGGAGAAGGAGCGAGGUGACAUUCAAGUCAGUGUCCAGUUCACGCGUAACAACCUGACGGCUAGCAUGUAUGACCUGGUCAUGAAGGACAAAGGGGGCGCUUCCACUUUCAGCAAGCUGAAGGAGCGGAUGAGGGGCAAGAGGCGAUCCAGUGAAGACGACUUGACCUUGGCGCCCGGUGCCACCCUACCCGGGGGCACCGGCCCGCUGUGCCGCAUGCGCCAACGUCUGCCCAGCGACGGGGGCGGCGAGGAGGACUACGAGGAUGACGAGGGCGGCGAGGUGAGGCGCAGUAAGAUGAGGACCUUCUUCCUGCGAGGCAAGCUGAGGAAGUCGUCGGACACGCGCUCGAGUACGUCGUUGGGCUCCGAGAGCAGUGAAUCAUCGUCGCGCGGGGGAAGUCUCAGUCCCACGGCCGGCAUCAGCGUGGUGGUCUCCGACCUGUCCAAUUCGCCCAGCAACAGCAGCAACCUGACAGCCGACAGCCCAGAUCACACAGCAGACACGUCACCCAAGUUGUCUCCUCUGCACUGUGACUUUCGUGAUGAGAUCAGUGAAAUCACCAUAGCCGUGCCUCAGCUCCCCGCGGGUGUCAACGGAACGCACAAGUUGCAGCCCCGAGAUCAGGCCUCGGCAGUCCCGGAGACUUCUUUAGGCCCGGGGCACCUGGAGAAGUCUUUGCCGCUCUCAGUCUCGUUACAGAACCUUCGCCCACGGGCCUCCGCCGACCCCCUGCACGGCACCGUGGGCGACGGACGACGCUGGUCUUUUGACAAGGCCGGCGAGGAGGAGAGCGCCGCCAUCGCAGCGGCCAUGGAGAAAAAAGGCCCUAUACCGGGCAGAGAAGAUCAGUGUGAAGAAGGCGAACAAUACUCUGGCACGGAGGGAAAACACAAAGGAUGGUUCGGGUCCAGGGAGUCACACAGUAAACCCAGCCCGGUGGCACCUCUAAAACUAGACCCCACCCCUGAGCCACCCCUUAACCAGCUGCACAACUCUAACCCCUUCUGUCCCUCACCACCCAUGUCACCUAGCAACCCUUUCCUCAGCGACCCGUUCUGCGAUACGUCGCUUCCCCCUCUGCCCUUUCUUUCCAGUUCCCGGCCUCCCAUAGAGCAACUCUUUCCAAAGCCAAGUCAUCCGGUCACCCAGACUUGGGACAGUCAGACUACCGAAGGCCACGUCACUGGCUUGAUCACAGUUGCGUCUCCAACUUUCAUGGGUCAGACAAUACCCUUAAGCAAGACGUUUUCCAACCCCUUUACAUCUGCAGAGGAACCGCAACAUGAUACAGGAUGGGACAAUUCCUUUGAUGACUUUGCCCAUUGCAGGCUGCAAGGGCCGAAAGACCAAACGUCUGACAGCUUGGCCAGCACCCAUCAGCGGGAACUUGGCAGUAAUGAAAGAAAUGAUUCCCUGAAUACCAAAGGUAUCACAUUGAGCAACUACAUGGCAAACUGCAGUCGCCUGCCCUCCUUGGAACCAAUCCCGGAGGAUUCAAGUUUAGAGGUCUGUAACGAAGUCUUUCACACUUCCGCCAUCUCUGCGGAAUCUCGUCCUCACCCCGAAUGGCAUGACGCUAACAGCACCACGAACAUGCCUCCCUGCUUCUUGGAUCCAGCUGGUUCAUCGGGUAUCGUUAGUUCAGCUGAAGAUGAUUUCCCCUCCCGUUUUUCAUAUUCGGCAUCAGAAAAGUUCUCAGCAUGUUCCUCGGAUGAAACUGAGCUGCAGAAUUUCGAGCGGGUUGGUCCAGCCUCGGAGAUCUUGGCCCAAACAGGUAUCAGUCCAAAGGGUUAUAGAUCUACAGAUGAGCUUUUGAAUGAUGAAGCCCAACAAACUGUGAUUCAGAAUGAAGAUUUGGAGCAGUCAUUCGUCUUCCCACCACCACCAACUAUGUCUACCGCAAUGAUGACUGAUUCAGAAGCUGCAGACAUGCAGAUGUUAGAGAACAUGGAUCUUCAGCCAAAGUCCAACGUCAUUCCGCAGUCUGACAAUAAUGAUGGGGUACCUCAAGGUGAAUUCUCUGGACAACCACCUCUGUACAUCCGCACCUCCUCCCCAGGAACUGACCAUUCCUCGUCUUUUGAGGACCCGGCAGUGCCGGAGCAUUGCUGGGAGUCUCCUGUCCCCUUCAGGGAUUUUGGAGAUCUUGACCAGAGUACCAACAGCUUUGUCCAAAGCAUCCAUGUGGCCGCCGACUCACAGUACUACCAAAAUUGCAGCUCUCUACCGCCCUUAGAAUAUCCUGGGAUUUCCAAAUCAGCUGAGAACUCAACCUUCUGCGGGGAGUUAGGACAGAUUCGGGAAGCCAUCGUUGCUUCAGUCAGUCCAGAUGAACCAACCAACCAAUCUGACCACUGGGGUUUGAUGCCGGAAAACAGACCAGAGACUGGUGAAACAGGUUUCACAGUGAAGAACGAGAGGAGUUCUCAAGUUCUCCCUGCAACAGACAUGUUUCCGUAUCCUGUUGAGGGCAAUGAAUUCAGUUCUGUCGAUGUCCAGAUUGUAAAAAACCCUCCACCACAACUCCCCGAAAUAUCCCAGGACGCCGGGAGCUUUCUCCAAAGCAUCAAUGGCAACUUGCAGUUCCACCAAAAUCAUUACGGCAUAUCAGAGCCACCAGGGACACUAGACUCAGAGAAAUCUAGCUUCUUUGGGGAACCAGUAGAGAUUUCGGAAUUCCAGCUGUCAUUGGUAAUGGCAGACAGACCAGAUAUUUUUGAGCCGGGUUUCUCAGCACGGGACGAUGAGAGUCCUCAAGUUCUGUCUGUAACUCAUACAGACUCGUAUCAUAAGCCCACUGGUGACGAUCAGUCCACUGAUCACAGUGAUUUGCUUUUGAAAAACACUCCACCACAACUCCUCAAAAUUUCCCAGGGCACCAGGAGCUUUCUCCAAAAUCUUGACAGCAACUUGGACUACCACCAAAACCAUAACGAGCCCACUGAGAGGAUUGAUUUAGAGAAAUUUGCCUUCUCUAGAGAGCUCGGCGAGAUUCCGGAACCCACCUAUAAUUCAAUGAUCCCUGGGGCUUCUCCCAGUGAACCAAACAACCGGGAAGACUCGUUUUCUUUGGUGACAGAGAACAGAGCAGAUACUUGUGAGCCAGAUUUCACAGAAGACUGUGACUUAGGCUUCACAGCUAGGAAUGAUGGGAGUUCUCAAGUUAUCCCUGUGACUCCUACGGAUUCCUAUCCGAAUGCCGUUGAGGGCGAUCAGUUCACCGUUCUCGAUGACGUGUUUGUGAACAAACCUUUGCCAGAACUGUCUUAUAUUUCCCAGAGCACUGGGAGUUUUCCCCAAAGUCUCGACGGCAACUUGCAGGACCAUUAUGGCAUUUCCAAACUCCCUGAGAGUGUCGUCUCAAAGAACUCCUCCUACUGUGCGGAGCUAGGAGAGACAGACAGACCAGAUACUCAUGUGCCAGGUUUCACCGACGCUUGUGAGUCAACUUUCACAGAAAGGGACGAUGGGGCUUCUCAAGUUCUCUCUGCAACAUCAACAGACUCAAAUCCCAAGCCUGUCAAGAGCGAUCAGGUCACUGCUUUCGAUGACAUGUUGGUGAAAAACCCUCCGCCACGACUUCCCCAAAUUUUCCAGAGAACAAUGAGCGUUCCGUCCUUCCUCUUAUCUGAAAAUCGCCAUGGCGUAUCCAAGUCCGCUGAGAGGCGACCCUUGGAGAAAUCCAUCUCCUUUGGGAAGGUUGGGGAGGUUCCGGAAGACACCGGUUCUUCACUGAGCCGUAGGAGUUCGACUAGCGGACCAUACGUUAACACGCACAUCACCGACUGGUUGACUCAAGUGAUGAAGGACAGACUAGAUACAGGUUUCAAUGGAGGUGACCACGGGAGUUCCCAAGUUCUCCCCACAACUCCAGUAGACUCGAAAGCCGAUGAGGUUGUUGAUACCGCGAUUGAGCAAAACCCGCUGCCGCAACACCCCGCAUUAAACCGCAGUCAUUCCGAGAGCACGUUGGCUUUCGAGUUGGACAAGACCCUUACACUCUCCUUCUGGAAUGAGUCCUGCGCCCCCCAGGCGUCAUCCGCAAGUCCGGCCUCCCCCUCCCUUUCAACAGCCUCCGCCCCUCCACUAACCCGUCAAAGUAGUUGCUUCCCCUCUUUCCUGUCCUCCCUUUCGGAUGUCUUGCCGCCGUCCGCCACAACCAACCUUCUGGAGGCACAGGAAUGCCAGCAGCAGCACGUCGCCCAUCAGGAACACAGCCCCCACCCGGUGCGGCCCCUGAGCGGCGGCCCGCUGGCUGAAGGCCGCUCGGUCCUGGAGAAGAUCAAGUCCAGCAUCCACCCUGGCAGGAGCAGCCAGACGGGCGAGAAGAUCCUGACGGAGGGCGCCGGCUCGUACUACCACCUGACCCACAAUGAGCUGAUCGGUCUCCUUGUGCGGCGCGAGGCAGAGCUGGAGCGGCAGAAGGCGGAGUUUCAGCAGCAGCGUGCCCUGCUGGCCAAACGGGAGGUGGAGCUGUGCAAGCUGAAGCCGCAGGUCCGCGACCUGGAGGACUACAUUGACACGCUUCUGGUGCGCAUCAUGGAGCAGAAGCCCACCCUCCUGCAGGUGCGAUCCAGGCUCAAAUGACGGCGAGGCUUGGAUACCCCAACGGCUUUUGAGCCUUUUCACCGCUACGCUGUCACGUUUUGAUGCCAGCGUUUUGCAGGGGUUCUCAAACUCUCUGGGUCCGGGGAUCCCUUUCUGGGAAGAAUGUUGAUAUGCCCCCCCCCCCCCCCCCAAUCAGCAACAAGCCCCAAUAUGCCAUAGCAACGAGGGCGUGGAACCUUUGCACUUUAAAAUGUACCACCCUGGAGUCAAAUCGCACCCCGUAUUUCCAGAUGCGCAUUCCAGGAUUUUUCGGGCUGAUACCGACCUUAUUUUUCGUUAUGGGUGUUCGCCGAGGCUGCCGAUACCAGCCACCGAUCCUGUAGUCAAAGAAAAGCUGAUAUCCAUGAAUUUGGUUCUAUACUGCGGCAGUCUGACACUUUGGGGACUCGUCAUUGUGUCAGAAAGAAAGCUUAUGGUCACAAUGUUUUGUCAUCGUUUGAAAUGAAAAUGUAGAUGUCGGAAUCACAAGAGGUAUCGAUACUUUGUAUCAGUGAGCACUUAAGAGUGAAGACUCGUACAGGUAUUGGUCUGAAAAAAGUGGUGUUGGACAUCCCUAAUAUUUAUAAUCGGGAACGUGACCAAUUUAAGAGGAAAAAAUAUGCGUCACGUUAAGGAAACAAAUUCAUAUUUGGGGAAGGAAAACCAGUCCUAAUCAUAAGGAGACCCGAGUCCUACGAGAAUAAAGCCACAUUUUUCCAAGAUGAAGUCACAAUAUAUUGUGAUAUUGAAUUUAGUGAUAUUUUACCGAUUUCAGUCCAAAAGUGCAACUUUUUUUUUUCUCAUAUUACACCUACUUUUCUGGAAAUCACACCUUUUAUUUAAAAAAUAAAUAAAUAAACAGGGCUCUUCUUGAAAAAUAUGGAUUUUAUUCUAAACAAUAUGACUGUUAUAUCUGUAACUAUACGCUUUUUGGUCAAGCAAAAAAGAGACUUUAUUGAAGUGGGGAUGUCAGAUUGACGUGAUGAUAUGUCAUAAUCAUCUCUGAGCUUCCAAAGUGAAGCUGGGAAAAGUAAUUGGUUCAUUGUUUGUUUUGAUUGUUGCGUGGUAUGCCCUCUUCUAAAUGACUCCACCCAAAAACUUUUCCCCGGAGUCAGCCAGUUUGAGAACCACUGGAUUUGAGAUGCUGACGUUUUACGAAUGUCCUAGCUAGUCCUCAGGUUGUUUUCAGAUCACCCGCCAGGUUUGGUUGCUUUUAAAAUGGUGGGCAUGUGAGCACCCAUCUUGUUGGAUGCUGACUUGGAAAGGAGAAAAAAAACACCGUCAAUAUCCACCCUUUUUGUCACUUUCAUCAUAAACUGCUGGACAUUUUGACAGUGGUGUGGAACCCGACAACUGGAGACAGUAAAAGUUGACGGCUUCAACUUCGCUUAAUUUUUAUGCAGGUAAAAAAGUUGUCGGGACGCUGAGCACUUAAAUGGGCUAAAUACAUGAGAAAAUAAUUUUUAUGUUUUUUUUUCCUAAAUAUUAUUUGCAAUCGCAGUUGCGUCUGAUUUGUUUUAAAAUUUCAAAAAGGGACAUUUUUAGGUUCCGUUCAAUAUUAGGACCACCAUUGACUUUUUUUCCCUUAGAAUUAUACAGCUUUAUUUUCAUAAAAUGACCUUUUAUUUUCCUGAAAAACGUUGAUUUUGGGGGUAGGGGGGUCUCACUUAAUUCGGAAAAGGCCUAAUACUUAUGACUUCAAUUGAAAAAAAGUCCUAAUUAUUAAUUUUUUUUUCCUUUUCAGUGGGGCUCCAACAUUCCUUGCUAGCUUGUUAGCAGACGCACUCGCGAACGUAGGUGCAUUGUAAUUGCUCUUCAUUUGCUAGGCUACUUGUUGUUAGGCAGAAUUCACAGGGCUCAGUUCGAAGUGCCCUUUAGGCCAAUGGAAGGUCAUUAGCACGGCCAGUCGGUUGUUUGAAGAAGGAAAAUGACUCCAAAUAUAGCAUUGUUAGCUUAAUUUAUACAUCUCAAUUUCACCGGUGAAAAGCUGCUUUGUAUUCAAUAGAAAAUGUGUAACGGAAAAGUCUGUAUGUAUGGUUGGAAUCAUAAAGAUUGUUUCUUUUUUCCACAAGUUCUCACUUGUUACGCACUGACAAAAACAGACACAAGAGCUUGCCGUUGUAAUCAUUUGGUGAGGUGAUGCUAUGCUUCGCUAGUCUAUGCUAGCUCUCCACGUUCGAAAAGUGCUCUUAGCCAGCGAGUGUUUUAACCUUACUCCUCAUUGUGUAUCCUUCAUUAGUGUUGUUGUUGUUGUUGUUUUUUUUUUUUUUUGUGGGCAUGUGAGACGCAAUGCUAACUGGCUCAUGAUAGCAUCGCUAGCUGUGGCCACGCCCACAGCUGCUUCUCAACGUCUAGAAGACAUUUAAGCAUACAGUGUGUAUCCAUUUGCCAAAUACGCCUCUGUUUUUGGUUCUCUUUGAAUUGUUUUUUGGGGGGGGUUACAUUUUUUUUUUUUUAUGGGCACUUCCGCUAAUAAAAUGUGCUGUCGUUAGGGUCAGCUUCUCAAACAUUCUAGGGGAGAGAACGUUUUCCCAGGACCCCUCAAAUAAUCCUAAUGCCAAUAAAACAGAACUAAAUUCCACAAAAAUAAAGAAACCAAAAAGGAAAAAAAGUUUGAAUGUUGUGAGAUAAUAUCAUGUGUCUCCGCCUGUUGAUAUAAUCCAGACAGAUGGAUACACAACAAGGAGACAGGUCACAAUUGCUCAGUAAGCCGCAGUAAUGUCAUCCGUUGCUCGCAGAUGAUUAAGAAUAUAUGGCUCUCACUUUUGUUAUUUUGUCCAAUCCAAAGUGUUUCUCCAUCAGUCCAUCAUUGCUGUGGCUCGUGGAGCCCCAGGGGGUCCAUGGAGACCCAGUUUGAGAACCACUGGUUUCGCUUACGGCACAAAAAUGAUGUAACGUAACAACACUCCCAUCCUCGCAAUAUGACUCCUGCCAGCGGUAGUAGACGACGUAGGCCGCAUCGCACUUGCCCUUUGACGCCGCCACAAGUAGAUGUAUAGUAGACACGAUUCUGCACUUGUCAACAAAAUACUUAACAGUGCAUCCGGAAGGUUUUUGAAACAUUUCACUUUUUUCACAUUUUGUUACCGCUCGAGGUGAAAAAAAUUGGAUCUCGAGCCUUUCAAGAGUAAAUAUUCUUCGUAAUUGAUUAAUCGGAAAAAAUAAUCCAUCUAUUACCUGAGCAGCUUCCCUCAUUGACAAAUACAACAUCACGAAUUAAGUUGCAGCUCUACUGCCUGAUUGCAAAGUGUUUGUAUUUUUUUUAAAUUGCUUUAAAAAUUCUAACACAGCGCGUCAAUUUUUGUAAAUUUUGCUAAACUUGUUAAAAUCCGUUUUACUGUGCCAGAUUAACGUCGAUUAAGUUGGCAGUAGAAUGAGUGCAAUCAAAAAAUGGUGUGCUUUUCCCUGUAUAUGUUGUAGUGGUUGAACCUAUUGAUCAACCAGCGGAUGAGUCCGCAUCUACGUUUAAAGCUUGGUGUUGAUUAAUCACAAAUUUAGUUUAUGUUCUCAAGUCUUCCAGUCGGUCACUUCAAAGAGGACUUCCGACUUGCCUUUCGAGCAUAGUGAACGAAUACAUAUUUUUUCCUGUUUUUUUGCUUCUAUGCCUGUUUGUCGAAACACUGUAUCUCUCGACGUGACACCGGUAAGUGGCACAAUAAAGGUUUGGGACCGUUGCACUGUGCUGAUAAAAUAUCAGUGACAUCAUUGAUUCAUCAAAUUCAAAUUGACUUGCAUCACAUUAAGUCGACGACAAAAAAAACGGUUAUUUGUUCAACCCCUAGUAUGGUGCAAGAUUUGGUGUUCAUCGACGGUGCAGUACUUCUUGAAGCUCCAUCAGGUUGAAAGGGGAGUGUUGAUUCACAGCCAUUUUCAGGUCUUUCCCAAUUCCAGAUUUGAGCAGGGCUAACAAUGAGCCCAAAAAAGGAAUGCGCCAAUUGCAUAACAAAAUGCAGACAAAGCUGUGACGUGCUUUCAAUACUUUCCAGAUGCACUGUUAAACCACGUCUUCCAUUUUUUUUGAAAGCUUUUUAUUCAGCCGAAUGUAUUUUGUCGUGACCGGUGCAGGCCUCUCCAGGCCCGCGUGUCGGAAAGGAACGUUUACAAGCCGUGAUGAUGCAAUUCUGUUUCACACAAUUUUGUAUAUUUAAUAAAGACUAUUUAGUGUAUCUUCCUCACUGUA